AAGGAAAUAGAAGCCAACUCUGAAAUCUAAAAUAAGGACUAAACAGCUUUUCAUUUGCCUUUCUACCCUUUGAGAUGCCAGAAGCAAUUUCCUCUUGAAGCUGACUUCCUUUCUGGAAGUGAUUUUCGUCUCCAACCAUGUUGAGGCUCUUUUCUCAUUCUUUCAUUCUGACUAACUUGCUUUUUUCCUGUCUGACUUUCUACUGCAGUUGGGAACUUCUGGAGUAAGAGCGACAGAUCUUGCUGCUCCCCCCACCUUUUCCUGCGACUUAAUCAUUUGCAGAUCUUGCCAUGGGGUGCGGACUGAGAAAGCUGGAAGACCCAGAUGAUAGCAGCCCUGGAAAAAUCUUUUCUACACUGAAGAGACCACAAGUUGAAACAAAGACGGAUUCUGCUUAUGAAUAUGUCUUGCUGGAUUUUACUUUAGAAGCUUCCUCAAAUCCAGAAGUUAUCAAGAUCAGUUCUGUGUUGGAUAUAGCAUCUCGGGUGGAGGAAUAUUACAGCAAAGGCUAUGUUGUGGGAGCUGUUCAUCCCAUCAUGCUGCCAAUUGGACGGAGGAGGAAUUUCCCUGCAAGUCACAUGUAUCGAGUGGUACUCUCACGGCUAAAGCCAAGCCAGAAGCACACAGCACCCAGAGGACAAAGGCACCCCAGGCUGGUGAUUGAGGAAUGUCCUUUAACAUAUGAAACACUGACAAAUGAAGUCGUGAAAGAACUGCUAGAAAAGGUUAAUGAAGCUGCUAAAAGAGGAAAGAAGUUUGUGGGAUUUGUAACACAACAUUUUCCUCAACCUAAAGCCUGUAAUGGAACAAGUGCAGAUGGAGGUGCAGAGCUGGAAUCAACGCUGGGCAGAAGAAAUAGGGAACACAGAAGAGAAAACUUUGAUGAAAACUAUAAAAACUGGAAUGAAGGGACAUUGAGUGGCCACUCAUCUGAGAGUGGGAUAGAGGAGGAAAUGCAUGGAGAAAGCAGACUGUUAGAGGAUUCAGAUUUCCAGUUUGGAAAAGAAGUCAGCCCUUCUAAACCACGAAAAGGAGAUGAUAAGCUCUAUACAGUCUUCAAUGUUUUUGAUGAUGAUUCUACCUGCUGGACCUACCACGAAGGUGUUUUGUCUAUGAAAGUAACAAGAAAGGGGCCAGUUGUUAGUACACUGGAAGCAGACUGGCUAGAAUUAACUACAUUUUAUUAUAAACAAGGAUUGGCUUUAGUUGAUUCUUUUGUACACUGGGAAACUUCUAAAGGGGAUUAUUUGCCCAAAUCUUUAGAAGGAUUAUUUAUCUAUGAAGAAGAAGGUGCUGGGGUUCCAGGUUCUAACAGGAAAGGAAAUGAUGCAAUAGUUGUUGAACAAUGGACAGUCAUUGAGGGGUGUGAAAUUAAAACAGAUUAUGGACCUUUACUGCACACGCUGGCUGAGUUUGGAUGGCUCCUGACCUGUGUCCUGCCUACACCAAUUGUACGACAUGACAGUGAAGGAAAUCUGGCCACAAAGCAAGUAAUUUUUCUUCAGAGACCUGUUAUGUGGAGUUCUGCUGUCCAGACACCAGAGAGGAAAUCCUUAAGACAAGUGACUGGGGAAGAAAAAGGCAGAGUGUCCAGCAGAAGUGUUGGAUCAGAUACAGCUACUUCUUGCCCUGUAGAAACUGGACAACCAUCUGAUGAGUUUCACCUAUCUCCUUCUAAACAAUAUUGGAUCAAGGAGGGAUCCUCCCAUUAUGGAGGCUUUCCAGGAUUCAGUAGCAGUGAUGGAGUAUUAAGGGAACUGGAUGAUGGACAAUUUGACCAGGAAGAUGGAGUCACUCAGGUCACGUGUAUGUGAUAAGUAAGUAACUGCUUCAAAUGGACAUGUACAUAAAUUACACAAAUGGAUUUUUUUAAAAAUUACACUACUUUGAACACAUUGGUAUAAUCCUAUGACUUUCCAAACUCCUUUUGUAUUUUUGUCAUUUUCCUUAUUGUGUUAACCCUACUGUAGUAAUAAUACUACUGCAAAAUAAUUUUUCUGUCUUUAAUAGUAUAACUUGGGUGCUCUGCUAAGUUGUUAAUGCUUUUGACAAGCAAGGAAGCAAAAGCUGCAAAACAGUGACAGUUUGAAUUGUGUGAAAGGAAUGAGGAUGUUUAGAAUUUUCCACAAGCUGGAGCAAUGUUUUGGGGUUGGUUUGGUUGUUUUGUUGUUUGAGGCUUUUUAAGGAUGUUGUUAAUACUGAAAAAAUGAACUGUCUGGCUGUUGUUGAGUUUUAAUACAAUUUUCACUUUAUUUGCCUUGCGUAAGUUCAAAAGCCUAGAGAAAUGUCGAGUCUUAGACUAGAGUGUUAAUAAUUUAAGCUACAUUCAGACUUGGUAUGGACAGAAAAACUCAGGAGGCUGUAGGUAGGUAGCUUGCUCCUGGAAUACAACUUCAAUUAUGCAGUUUUCACAGGGUUCCUUGUACAUGUAAGCCAGGAGCUUAUAGCUUGUAUUAUAGUGAUGUGUUCAUAAUAUACUUGUGAGUGGAAAUUAAGAACUGCUCAUUCCCUGAAAGAUAACUUGCAGUCUGUAAACAAGUAGUUUGAGAAGCUCCCUAGGACACAUUCAGGGCAAUGUGCACAGUGAUGCUGCUAAUGCAUAGGAAGAGGAUGUAGGCUAAACUUCAUAGGCAGUAUUAGAUGGGUGUAUAUAUAAAAAUGUCUCAGCUAAAUGUAUCACACUGGAUAAAGUGUAUUGAGCUGCAUCCAAUACCAGACUUGAUGUUCAGAGGAAAGGAUCAAGUUGCUGUGCUUCCAUCCUUACUGUAGGGAGGAGCUGCUUGUGUUAAGGGAUGUUAAUUAAGGCUAGUAGGGUGCUGUGGAGUGCUAUUAUGCUGCUGUCUGGGAAGUGUAUUUUACCUAGGAGAAACUGAAUAAAAAUACAUCUCCAGAAGGUAAAUGUGAUUAUAACUAAAAUAGGCAUUUUUCACAUAGUUUUAGAAGAAAAAAAAUUUAUAAAUGCUCAUCAUGUUUAAGCUAGUGCAAAAUAAUUUGGUCAAAAUAAGUCAGAACAGAACUGAACAAAUAUAUUUAUAACUCCACUCUCAGUACAGCACCCACAUCACCCAGGGAUUUUGGCACCUGUUUUUGUGUGUUGUGCUGCAAACAUAGAUGUCAUGAAUGAUUUACCUGCAACACCCUGUUCCCCAUGGAUGGCGUCCCACCAGCUGCUGUGGGAUUCUGCCUACUCCACAGUGGUAGAUGCUGGCACUAAAUGCAGUGGUAAGAUUAAUGCAGUGAUAGGAACACCAACAAUUAACUCCAAAUAAGCACCCCAGGAGGUGGCCAGGAUAGUACUGGAGGUUCAACUGCAGUCUCAGAGCUGUGCAGAAAGAACAUGAGCAGUAAAUGCUUAUUUCAGUAAGCAAAACUAAUUCAUGCAGAAAAAUAGUUUAAUUGUAUAGGGUAGGGGGAAAACCCAUUCUACUGACAUGAUUAGCAUUGCGGGAGCUUAAAACAAUAUUGCUUUGGAGCUGCUUCCUGAUUUAUUUGUGAAAUUAUUACUGGCUGGCUUGCUUAUUUUUUUCUUUGGAAGAGCAACUCUUAACUGUAAUGAGUUGGGAGUUUGCUUCCAGAAACGUCUCUAGCUCUGGAGGUUAGCUUCAACUUCUUUUUUCCACUGGAUGCUAUGGGGAGUGAUGGGGGCACCUCAAAUAGGAGGUACAGUGAGAAACCCCUUCUGGCAAAGGCUCUUUCCCCACCUUUCCCACCAGCAUCUGGAGGUCAGGGAUGUGGGGCAUGAGCCUUGUGUUCAUUCCCUGCCUGGGGCACUGAAGGGAGGAUGAUGCCCCCUGCUGUAGGGGCGCAAGUGCUGGGCUGGCUGUCCCUGCAGAGCCUGCCCCAAGUGCUGCUUUCUCCUGUGGCACUUCUCGGGGAGCACUGGUCGUGGUCACAGCAGGAGUCUCCUCCAUGGGACACAGAUGGGGAAGAAAUAUGAAAAUGCAAAUUGCAGCCAUCCCUGGCAGAAAGCUAGGUAACUCUAGCAUAUUAAAAAUGAGUAACAGCUGGUCUUGUGAACCUGGAAUACGUUGCUCUACUUCCAGAAGUAUCUUUUUAUUACUUAUCCAAAACUUGUGUAAUUUUAAUCAUUGGUCAUUCUCCAUACAAGUGAAAUCUCCAAAAUGGGCAAAAAUUGGUCCAAUUUUUUGGUCCAAACUCCAGUUCUGAAUAUUUCAAGUUAGAGCUUUUAAAAUAUAUCAAAGAAAUAACCUUUUAUAAAGCAAGAUCCUUGCUGAAGAUAUUAACAUUAGUGAACCCUAAACCAAAACUGAGCUAUAGGUAUUUAAGUAAGUUACAAGGUAUAAAGUGGUAAAUUUAAUGUAGUUACUCUUUCUAGAAUGCAUUCAUUGGAUAAAAAUUACUUAACUUUUAACUGAGAUCUUCCCAUAUCACCUGUUGAAAGUCAGAAAAUUCACAUAAAAUAGUAUGUUUCUAAGAGAAAUAUUCUACUUGCAAUUAGUGGGAUGUACAUAAGAGAGACUGUGUUUUGGAACUAAGGUGGAAAUUGAGUAUGACCUGGAUGUCCACAGGUACAUUAGAAAAUCAGCACUUUUAGCAAGAAAGCCUUUUCUUUUUUAAUAAAAUAAAGCCAUAUUCUUUUUCAGUAGCCCUCAGUUUUAACUGUGCUUUAGUCCUUGCUCGUGAAUCUUACAGAUAUUGACAAUGCUGCAAACCUCUGAAUUUCUUUCUGUCUUUUUAAUGCAGCAUAACUAUACUAAAUUGUUUCCUCUGAACCCACUCAGCAAUUCCUGGAUUGUUCAUGAUAGUUGGGUUUUUUUAAUGUCAUUUGUCUCAUAGUAUCAACCUGUGCUGUAGAAAUAUUCAUCUGAAUUGUUUGUUUUUGGUAGUCAGGACAAGUUGCUUGCUCAGCCUGUGUGAAGACAGUGCAAGAAUUAUCUUCAUGCACUUGACCACUCAUCCUCUUAAGGCUUGGAUGCUGAAACUGAAAAAAUUAAAAAUGCUUUUAAAACAAAUUAUGGAAAAUCUUCUGGUUUGUUCCUUGUAGUAAAAAAUUCUGAAAGACAACUCUAUCUCACUUGGAUGAGUGAAAAAGGGAAGGUGAAAUCUGGGUAUAGAUUUGAUUUCAGAUCCUCAUCACCUGUCUGGCACAAACCAGAGCAUUAAGGUUUGCCUUUACUGGGGUGGUGACCAGCACUGUCCGUUAAGUAAAGCAGCUUUGUAAAUCAGAAGAAUUCUCUGAAAAAAAUACUAAGUACAUUUUCUGUAGUCAGCAACAAGACUUCAGCCAGGAGCCUUGUAUUUGAAAUGUAGUAGGGAAACCCCUCUGCUGAUUGUGAUAACAGAAAUGCUCUGCAACUAUUAGAACAGAAGGUAGCCAAUAGUGUUCAUGAAACUCUGCAAAAGACUGUUUAUAAUUUCUGAUGCUUAAAUUGUUUGGAGAGGAACUAGUUUUCCAGUGUUUACAAACAGGAAAAAGCUGUCCACAGUUAAAUUUUGUACUUUGCUUAUUAACUGUCAGGACAGUUUAUUUACAUACUUGGUCAACUGCAAUAAAUGGCUGCUUCACUUGU